CAAGAGAGUUAAUUUUUAGGGCUAAUACCACUGGGAAAUCCGAACUACUGACUUUUUGUCAUUUGUGUCCUAAAGUAUUCGAUAUGACAUUUGUGUCCUAAACUAUUUUCUGUUAGAGUUGACUAGCGUUGACCGUUAGUUUUUAACAGAAAGCCUAGUCUGCUCUGACGUGGCAUGUGAUGUGGAAUUUUAUUUUUAUUAUUUUUCCAUAAAAAAUGAAUAAACUAACAAAAACAAAUUAAAAGAAAAUUUAAAAAGCAAAAACUCAAAUCCGCAUAUCUGCAUCUCCGGGGGAAACAAUGAAGAAGUUCAAAAAAAAAAAAAAAUUCACUUUCCCGACGAACAGAGGUAGUAGAGAAGAAGGAGGGAGACUCAAGCUUCCCUCUCCUCCUCCACGACCGCAGGCCGUCUCUUCAACUCCCCCAUGCCCAAAAACCUGGUUCAUCUUCGGCAAGCUCCUCCACUUCGGAUCCGCCCUGCUGCAUCGAUAUCCCACCCCCAAUUCUUCUUCUUCGCAACCACCCGCCGCCGCUACAUCGAUCGCCCACCCCCAAUUCUUCUUCUUUCCAACCACCCGCCUUCGUUGGAUCAAUCUCCCACCCCCAAUUCUUCUACGCAAUCACCAGCCGCCGCUGCAUCUAUCUACCACCCCCAAUUCUUCCUCGUAGAGAGCGACGCCUCACUGGAGGAGAUGGCGGCGACUGGGCUGGGUACUCUGAUGAUGGCGACGGUGGGCUUUAAGGGUUGGAGACGGAGACAGAGUAGGAAGCGAGGAGGUCGUGGUCCGUUGUAGGUCGUCGUCUCCGCUGCUUAGAAGACUUCAUCGAAGUCGGCACUAACCGUGCUACCUGGCGUUGUUUAUUGUCUUGAUGAUGGCCAGAUCUGCCUUGUAGAGCCUGAUUUCUGGACGGUGAUGGAUGGGAGGAGCUUGCGGUGCCUCACGGUGGCGGGAGAUUGUCAGCGACUUGGUCUUAGCUGACAUCGACGUAAGAUUCCAAGCCUAUUGAAUUAGAAAAGAGAAAACACAGGGGAAAUUAGGGUUCCAGUGUCUACCUCAUCUGCUUCCUAUUUGCCUAGGAUUUUUGAUUGUCCUCUAAUUUGUCGUCUGUGUGUUUCUAAGGAAGAGGCGAAGAAAUAUGUGAAGGAAGG